AUGUCCGACUUUGAUGAAAAGAACCCCGAAGCUUCUCGUCUGCCCUCCGUGCAAAGCUCUUUGACUGCGACGGCCGAGGAGGAACGUGAACCUCUUCGGGAAGACGGGCACUUGGAGAGUUCUCAAACUGCGGUAGAUCAUCACGACACAGCCAGCGAGAUACCCAGUACCGCUUCGCUUCCCCAACGAUGGAAGACGGUCAGUCAACGCAUCCGCCAGCGCGCAGGCACCAUUGCCGAGGCACUGGGCCGGCCGCAUGAGCGCGAGGCCGACGGUCUGGACGCCAGCUUUUCGCCAGAAGAUUACGGUGCAACGGAUGAUAUCAGAAGCUACGAGGCUCGGACCGCCGCAGAUGAAGAGGAGAGACUCAUGGGGACGGAUCAUAACUCGCAGGCUCAGCAAUUGCUGAACCAGCUGGGUCUGAACCGACAUCGGAGAUACCCGAGUGGCCCUCAUCGCGAGACGGAGCCGCGAUCUGGGUUGACAACCCCCGGUGCGAUGACCCCCAAUGACAGUGGAGCAUCGACACCCCUCAAUGGGGGUCUACUCUCGCAUCUAUUGCGGGUGUAUGCCAACAAUCUGGAGUCUGCAAGCAGGAUGAGCGUCGCCACGACGGCGGCAGCUUCGGACCCCGACAUCGAGACUUUGCCCGCCAAAACUCCGGGCACCGGUACGCCUGGCACCGCUACGCCCAUGAGCAUGGGCAUGGGAGCGGCGACUGGCACUGCGGCCACGCCCGGAACGGGCACACCUACGGGCAAGAAGGAAAAGGUCAAGUGGUAUAAGAACGGCAACAACAGCAAGGAGAACGUGAGCGCAAAAAGGGCCUCAAAGCAUCACUACACCUCUUCCUUGAUCCAAGCUUCGAUGGAUAUGGGACGUGUGGGUGUCCCCGGCGCCGAAGGUCCCGCGCCAAUGAACGCCAAAGAACGACGCAAGGAGAAGAAGAAGAAAGCCAAGGAGGUCAAGCUGACCGUGCAUAUCGCUGCACUGCUGGCGCGCCAGCAGUAUAUCAUGCAAUUGUGUCGCGCGCUGAUGAAAUACGGCGCACCCACCCACCGUCUCGAGGAAUACAUGAUGAUGACCUCCAACGUGCUCGAGGUCAAGGCGCAGUUCCUGUACAUCCCUGGCUGCAUGUUCAUGUCCUUUGAUGACCCAUUGACCCGCACGGCCGAGGUCAAGAUUAUCCGCGUCGUGCAAGGCCUAGACUUGUCCCGACUCGCGGAAACGCACAACGUGUAUAAAAACGUGGUACACGACGUGAUCAGCGUGGACGACGCAACAAACCAUCUCGACACGAUCAUGCAACGCAAACCGCGCUAUAACCGGUGGAUGCUUAUUUUACUCACGGGUCUUGCCAGCGUCGCAGUAGGACCAUACUCGUUCUCCGCACGACCCAUCGACCUCCCCAUCAUAUUCGUCCUAGGCUGUCUAGUCGGAUUCAUGCAACAUGUCCUCGCCCCUUCCUCAGCAACAUACUCCAACGUCCUCGAAGUAUCCGCCGCAAUCCUCACCUCCUUCCUCGCCCGCGCCUUCGGCAGCAUCACCCACAACGGCGAGCGCGUCUUCUGCUUCGCCGCAAUGGCCGAAUCCUCCAUCGCAAUGAUCCUCCCCGGGUUCGCCGUCCUCUCGUCCUCCCUCGAACUCCAAAGCCACCAAAUGAACGCCGGCUCCAUCCGAAUGGUCUUCACACUCAUCUACUCCCUAUUCCUCGGCUACGGUGUCACAGUCGGAACGACCAUCUACGGAUUAAUGGAUAACAACGCCACCACGGAAUCAACCUGUUCAAACGCGACUUCCACCUGGGGCAAUGAAUAUAUCCAGCACUUCCCCUUCGUCGCUCUCUUCUGCCUCUUCGCCGCCCUCAUCAACCAAGCAAAACCAAAACAACUCCCCGUGACCGUCAUUAUGGGCGUAUGCGGCUACGUCACGAACUACUUCUCCACGAAAAAGCUCGGCUCCAAUCAAGUCGCCAACACCGUCGGCGCUUUCACUAUCGGACUCCUGGCGAAUCUGUACUCGCGGGUGUGGCACGGCCAUGCCGCCGCAGCUAUUAUCCCGGGUAUCUUCACGCUCGUUCCGUCUGGCCUGGCCAGUUCUGGGUCUAUUCUGAGUGGACUGGAGUAUUCGGAGGCGGUUAAGAGUGGGAAUGUGAGUAGUACGAAUGGCUCGACUAGUAGUAGUAGUCUACUGGGAUUGGGAUAUGGAAUGAUCCAAACCGCGAUUGGUAUUUCGGUGGGGUUGUUCGUUAGUGCGUUGAUUGUUUACCCGCAUGGCAAGAAGCGCAGUGGAAUUUUCAGCUUGUAA